GUUGACACUGUGACAUCUGUGUGACGUCAUCAAUCUUUGCGGCAGUUACAAGUUGUUCUCAGCUGAGUCGUGGUUGCGACGCUGAGAGUUGACCGCUAUCAUGAGUGAAAGUAUUGUUGAACAAAUCACGAAAACUGUCGUGGAAAAUGUCACGGAAACUGCCCAGAAUAUUACUACCAAAGAGCCUGCUACACCAGAAGGGGUCGCCCUAGCAUAUGGGAGUUUAGUAGUCAUGGCUUUAGUGCCGAUAUUUUUCGGUUCAUUUAGAAGUAUUACUUAUCAAGCAGCACAAAAGGCUGCUGGAGAAAAAUUGGACACCGUCACUAGCAAAGAUGCAGCAAUGUUCCCCAUCAUUGCCUCCUGCGCACUAUUUGGCUUAUACCUAAUAUUCAUGAUAUUCUCAAAGGAGUACAUCAACUUGUUGCUGAGCUCCUACUUCUUCUUCCUCGGCAUCUACGCCAUGACUCAGGUGUUCAGUCCAUUUGUGACGAGCUUGGUACCCUCCAUCGUACCCUUCCACACGUACACCCUCGUCAUGACGUGCACUUCCCCUCCCUCUAAGAAGCAAGACAAGACAGAGGGGCAGGAGAAGCUGUUGAACCUUGCGUUCUCGACCCACGACUGCGUAUGCGUGGCUCUAUGUUCCCUCAUUGGGCUGUGGUACAUCAUCAAGAAGCACUGGGUGGCCAACAACCUGCUCGGUCUGGCGUUUGCAGUGAACGGUAUCGAGCUGCUCUCCCUGAACAGCGUGACGACAGGCGCGCUGCUGUUGGCUGGGCUCUUCGUCUACGACAUCUUCUGGGUGUUCGGCACCAACGUCAUGGUCACCGUCGCCAGGAGCUUCGAGGCCCCAAUUAAGUUGGUGUUCCCCCAAGACCUGCUGGAGAAGGGCUUCUCUGCUUCGAACUUCGCGAUGCUCGGCCUCGGCGACAUCGUCAUCCCCGGCAUCUUCAUCGCCCUCCUCCUCAGAUUUGAUAAGAGUCUGAAGCGCGGUAGCUACACGUACUUCACGGCGACGUUCGGCGCGUACCUCGUCGGGCUGCUGGCCACGAUCCUGGUGAUGCACGUGUACAAGCACGCGCAGCCCGCCCUUCUCUACCUCGUGCCCGCGUGCCUGGGCGUGCCCACGGCCCUCGCUGCCCUCAAGGGUGACUUCAGCACCCUCGUCAGGUACGAAGACUCCCCCACGGAGGUGGACGUGGCGCCUCCCCCCGCCGGGGAGGAGGAGGACGACGGGGACGACGUCCCGAGACGCGUCACCAGAGCCGAGGCCCGCAAGGAGAAAUAAUCUGUGAUGUGUUGUGAACCUGUGUUGUGUACCGGUACCUGUACCAGUGUUGUGUACCGGUACCUGUACCAGUGUUGUGUACCGGUACCUGUACCAGUAUUGUGUACCGGUACCUGUACCAGUAUUUUGUACCGGUACCUGUACCAGUAUUGUGUACCGGUACCUGUACCUGUAUUGUGUACCGGUACCUGUAUCGGUAAUGUGUACCGGUACCUGUACCACUAUUGUGUACCGGUACCUGUACCAGUAUUGUGUACCGGUACCUGUACCAGUUUCAAUACUAGUAUUAUGUCCUGGUAUAUUUAUAUGAUGAAUACUUUAUCUCAAUUAGAUAUUUGGCGUUCAAUAUUCUGUACUAUGGAAGCAAAUAAUGUUCAUAGUUUCUAUCAAAAUACUAUACCUGGUUUCGAGUCGUCACGAUACGAAGUAUUAAAUGUUGCGUACUUAUUAUUGUUUUUAUGUAGUUAUUCUCUGUUCUAGUAAUGUAAUUAAAUUACCGUUGAACAUCAUAUUUUGCUCAUUCUUCAGGUCUUCCAUUCAUUAUUGGUUGUUGUUUUGAAUGAAAUUCAUUCAUGAUUUCUUAGAAUUAUGUUUAACACGGCGGUAGAAAAUCAGUUAGACGGGAGCAAAUGAAUUGCAAUAGAAAGAAAUUUAUUUGUAAAAUGUAUCUUUAUAUUAAAUGUCGGCUCGUUUGUGCCUGAUAUGC